AUAAUUCACUUUAGUAGUUAAUUGUUUAAGCUUAGAAAUUCACUAUUCCAACUGUUCGUUGGCGCUUAAAAUUCAAAUUAACAUCAGCUAGUAUAUACCAAAUUCGAUUAGUAAUCGAAGUCUAAUCGAUAGAUAAGCAUUGCCAUUGCGCGCAUUUCGAUCAGUAUCAGAAACACAGUCAAAGUUAUGGCAGACAAAGAAGAUCUAAAAUCCUUACUUGCACAAACGAGAAUCGGCAAACAACUGUCGGAAUAUCAUCUAAAAUUACUCAAGAAGCAGAAAAUCAAUACACUACACGAAUUCCUUGACGCGCAGAACCUGCAUAAAUUUCUCGCCCUCAGCAUUGACCAAGUGGAGCAAAUAAAGGGGGAGCUGCUGCUGUUCUCAGUGAAGAGCAUUAAGUUCAGCAGUCUCUAUCAAAAGCAACCUUUCAGCUAUUCCACAGGCAUUGAAGAGUUCGAUAAAUUGCUAGAAGCGAUUGGCCAACCUUUCCGUCCAGGUCGCAUUUGGGAAGUUUAUGGCGAGUCUGGAGUGGGUAAAACUCAGCUACUAAACACAUUGGCAGUGAACUUUGUUUGCCAAUACCGCGACUAUCGACAAGUGUUGUUCCUGGACACAAAGCGAGACUUUGACAGCAGACGUAUUCAUCAAAUGCUUCAGGAUCGCCAUUUGGAUACCGAUGCCAUUAAAAGUUGCAUGCGAGCCAUUAAUGUUAUAGUCUGUUCAUCAGCGGAGUCUUUAAUUAAAGCACUAGACAACAUGAUAGAGCAGAUAUCCAGUGGUGAUGAUAGCAUAGCCCACAUUAAACUGGUCCUUAUCGAUAGUUUGGCGGCCAGUUUCAUCUUCUUUCGUAGUGCUCACGAGCGGAAUAUGGGACGUAGAUGGCUAAAUCAACUGGCAAUGCUGAUGCGAACUUUAGCUGCCCAACAUGGCAUCGCUUUUGUGAUUGGCAAUUUGUCAAUGACAAGUGAAGAUGGGGCAGUCGAUGAUGAUGACGAUAAUGAGGAUUAUCUAACCCAAUACAGUCCAGAGGCACCAGAGGAUGGUAACUUGCUGGGCGACUAUUGGGAUUCCGUAUGUACGCUUUCAAUGACAUUCGAGUUGCCAGAUGAGUCGAACAAUGAUCUGCGUUUGCUGAGAAUUUUGAGCAACAGCUUCGGUAUCAGCGAAGGCAGCUGCUUGUUGCGCAUUACAGAUGCUGGUGUCAUUUAGUAGGGAGCUCGUCGUACUCCUGUUCCUUGAUGCUGCUGCUGUUGAUACGAUUUUAUGACGCGUUUGCCUGGCUGUAUGGAAUCGCCAAGUCCUGGACGCUUUCGUUUGUUGCUCGUACUGGAUUGGUUGGUGAAUGCUGGCGCUGUUGACGUUUCCGGCUUGGCUUCCUUACCAUCCGCAGCGUCUAAGGAUAAGUCCGAAUCGUGGGCAUAUUGACAGCUUGUGCCAAAACGACAGCGACCCUUUCUAUAGUUCCAGCAGAUUUUGCGGCCAUUUUUCAACUGCAAAUGUGUAUCGUUAUUGACCAUUUUGACGUGGCGUUCCAACGAAGCCUUCUUGUGCAGUUCUGCCUCAAGGAAUGGAUUGCUGAAAACAUCGCCUACUUUUUUGGUGGCUGCAUUGUCCAGAGCAGCGCUGGCACUGGGCAACUUUGAUGGUUUUUGUGCGGGUGGCGGGCUGGCGAAAGUGUGCGUUAUUAAAACCAUAAAUAUAGUUAUAUAUUUUAAUUACCUUUCUGAUUUAGUUUUCUCUUCGUGUUCGCUACCGCUUUCUUCAUCCGAUUCAGAGGAAUCGCUAUAAUCAGCGACCAGCGACAUUGUUUAUAUUUUGAUAUCAAUAAAAGAGUGACCGUUGUACUGUAGUGGCAAAAUACUAGGAUGCAAAAAAGUAGCGUAUUUGGUAUUUUCUCUGGUUUAACGAAUUAAUUUGAAUUUGCAAAGAAAAACACAAAAAGUUGAGUAUAUUCAGAACAUGAUUCAUUUUUAAUGAUUCUGCUUUUAAUUCAUAAUACAUAUGUAUAAUCACUUUAUGCAUGCUUUAGUUAAGAUGUAUGUGUAUAUUAGCUAUUAACUAAUUAUUUAUACAAUUCAUAUAAAUAUAAAAAAUUAAACACUUCGUAGACUUUGUUACAGAUUGUUAAUAUGUUUGCUUUGAAUGCUGACGUUUUUCCUGAUUUCCUGAUUGCGACAGCACGACAUGUGUAAAAUUAUGCAAAAAACUUUUAAUACAAUAAAUGGGAUGCCU